UAGCGAGUUCCGUUUCUCCUCGGUCCUCCCAAUUUUCUUUUCUCCCUACUUUUCUCUCUCUAACCCCAGCCCACCCCACGCCAGCGCCUGCCAUUUAUUUCUCAGAUUCUCGAUCACAUCGCGGCGAUUGGAAUUACUGCACAAAUGUAUAUACAAAUGCCCUAGUUCGAUUGAUAUGUUAUCGACUUAUUCCCGAAAGAGUGGUUACUGAGCUCGUUAAUUGGAGUUGUCCAAAUUGGCCAUGCGACUGUGGUUGUUUGCGAUCGGCCUCUCGAGAGAGGACUCUAUCAUCAAUCAGGGCGCCGGUAUUUGUUUUUUUGUUUCAAAAAUUGUUGAUUUUUUAGAAGCCGAUUGUUGUAGAUUCAUCCAUGGCCGCCGAUGCUCAUGGCCCUAACCCCAAGGUCCUCCUCUGCAACGCCGGGGCUGGUGCUGCAGCAGGUGUGAUUGCGGCUACUUUUGUAUGCCCUUUAGAUGUUAUCAAGACUAGGUUUCAAGUCCAUGGGCGUAUUGCUAAUGCUAACAUCAAAGGUAGUGUAAUAGUAGGGAGUUUAGAACAGAUAUUCCAAAAGGAGGGGUUGCGUGGCAUGUACCGUGGACUCUCCACUACAGUGCUGGCAUUGCUUCCUAAUUGGGCAGUGUACUUUACUAUCUAUGAUCAACUAAAAUGUUUUCUUGGCGCCGAUGAUGUAAACCAUCAGUUGUCCAUUGGUGCUAAUAUGGUAGCUGCUUCUGGUGCUGGAGCUGCAACAACCAUUACCACAAAUCCUCUUUGGGUUGUCAAGACGAGACUCCAAACACAAGGAAUGCGGUCAGGUCUGGUGCCUUACCGGAGCACACUAUCUGCCUUGAGGAGAAUUGCUCAUGAAGAGGGUAUCCGUGGAUUAUACAGUGGUCUCGUGCCAGCUUUGGCUGGGGUUAGUCAUGUAGCAAUUCAGUUUCCAGCAUAUGAGAAGAUUAAAAGUUACUUGGCUGAUCGGGAUCACACCAAAAUGGAUCAACUUAGUGCAAGAGAUGUGGCUGUAGCUUCAUCAGUAUCUAAAAUAUUUGCUUCCACAUUGACGUAUCCACAUGAGGUUGUGCGCUCAAGGCUUCAAGAUCAAGGGCACCACUCUGAGAAGCGGUACUCCGGCGUUGUAGACUGCAUUAAGAAAGUUUUUCAGAAAGACGGAAUCCCAGGUUUUUAUCGGGGGUGUGCCACCAAUCUGCUUAGGACCACUCCAGCUGCCGUAAUUACAUUUACCAGUUUUGAAAUGAUUCAUCGCUUUCUUGUUACAGCAUUCCCUCCUGAUCCACACCCUCAACCAUUCUGAAUAUCAAACUCCUGGAAAGCGGCCAACUAAAUGUUUCAUGGCGUUGACGAAUUGGUGCAUCUGAUCAAAUUAAGCAAGCCCUGAUUUUUUUAUCUAUUUUAAUCGUUAUCAACAUUGACAAUUAACUGCAACCUUUUUAAACAUGUGUGAUGCCAGAGUCUUCACAGAAAUAGCAAGGACAAUAGUGUACUGACAUUGAAAAUGAUGAUAAAUUAUGAUAGUACAAGAUAAUUGGAAGUUAGCAAUUCUUUCUUCAAGGAAUUUCUGUAAUUUUCAACCCUGUAUUUCUGUCUGAAUGUAACGAUUCCAGCAAAUGGAAAUGUGUGUUUGGGCCAUGGACUUGUUGCUGUCAUUUUUCUGUAAUUGUAGUUUUUUUUAUUUUCCAUCCUAUGUGGAAGUCCCUAAAUGAAUUCAGCUGUCCAGGUUCA